UCUGAGCGACGACCAAACUCAGGCACUACUCACAAUCGCAACACUAGCUCCUGCCCCGCCGUCAGCAAGCAUGACACCGAUCAGUGAACAGCAACAAGCCAACAAGGAGCCUCCUCAUCACACACAGUCUGCAACAUGCCAUAUUGCUCCAGCUCCAAGCGAGGUAGCGGGAGUGGUCGGGGACGCGGAGAACGCCGACCAGGAGCAGGAGCAGGACCAGCAGCAGCAGGCAGCGAGGCGGGAGCGGGACUUCCUUGCGGGGAUCAGGAAGCUGUUCAAGAGCUUCAAGAGCCUCUCCCACAUCUUCGAGAUAUACAAGGACGACGACGAUAGCGACGACGAGGACGACGACAUGGACACAAGCAUCGAGAUCGGGCUUCCAACAGACGUGCAGCACGUGGCGCACAUCGGCCUGGACGGCUCCACCAACCUGUCGAGCCUAAUAAGGGGCCGGGAGGGGGCCAGGGAGCUGUUCUCGCUCUCCAGUCUCACCACCCUCGAGCAGUUCGAGCUCGCCAUGGCCUCGCUGGCUGCUACCGGCAAGCAGCGAAACGGGGUGUUAGAUAGAGUUCUCCGUGAGUAAUUAUGUUAUUAGGAUGCGUACCGUUUGUGAAUUCGGAUGGCGGUUCUUUUUGACGGGGUUUUUUCAUGUAUCUUUCUCUCUUUCUUUCUGAAAACAUGUUUGGUCAUGUGUCUUGUUAUUUUUUUUUAAAAAAUGGAGCUAAAGAAUGUUUCUUUUUCUUUC